AUCACAGAACCUCUGCCUUCCAAAGUGAGGUGAAAGCACUGGAAAAAUACAUAGAUUAGCUGGAGAGCUGCAGGAAAACUUAACGAAGCUUCUGCAGUUCACUACAGGCUUCUUCACUUUCCCUGGGCCAGGUACUUCGACAUCAGAACUGGGGAAUGAAAUUCCUCAAGGAGUCACUCAGGAGCCAGCUCUGACCAGCGGAGGGAGUGACACAGCCUCUUCCAUCUGCACCUUCCCCUCUCAUCCAUCCUCACCUUGAUCUCACGUGCUUCCAGGCAGUGAGGCAGGAGCCAUCUGGUGGCUCUGCCAGAGACAAGCUUGUUGGGUUGAUAGAGAAAAACGCUGGUGAAGCUGCAGCCUUGAAAUUGUUACCUUGAAGAACUGUGAAACAAUGAAUGGACCUGUGGAUGGCAUGUGUGACCUUUCUCUAAAUGAAGAAGGAGCCUUCAUGUUCACAUCAGAGUCUGUAGGCGAGGGACAUCCAGAUAAGAUCUGCGACCAGAUCAGUGAUGCUGUUCUGGAUGCUCACCUCAAGCAAGACCCCAAUGCCAAGGUGGCCUGCGAAACAGUGUGCAAGACAGGCAUGGUGCUGCUGUGUGGGGAGAUCACCUCCAUGGCCAUGGUGGAUUAUCAGCGUGUGGUACGGGACACCAUCAAACACAUUGGUUAUGACGACUCUGCCAAGGGCUUUGACUUCAAGACCUGCAAUGUGCUGGUAGCUUUGGAGCAACAGUCCCCAGAUAUUGCCCAGUGUGUCCAUCUAGACAGAAAUGAAGAGGAUGUUGGUGCUGGAGAUCAGGGCUUGAUGUUUGGCUACGCCACUGACGAGACGGAGGAGUGCAUGCCCCUCACCAUCAUCCUUGCACACAAACUCAAUGCCCGCAUGGCGGAGCUGCGGCGCACCAGCGCCCUUCCCUGGCUGAGGCCAGACUCCAAGACCCAGGUGACAGUUCAGUACACACAGAAAAAUGGUGCAGUGAUUCCUGUGCGUGUCCACACCAUCGUCAUCUCCGUGCAGCACAACGAGGACAUCUCGCUGGAGGACAUGCGCAGGGCUCUGAAGGAGCAGGUGAUCAGGGCCGUGGUGCCUGCCAAGUAUCUGGAUGAAGACACCAUUUAUCACCUGCAGCCCAGCGGGCGCUUUGUCAUUGGUGGCCCCCAGGGGGAUGCAGGUGUCACUGGCCGCAAGAUCAUUGUGGACACCUAUGGAGGCUGGGGGGCUCAUGGUGGCGGGGCUUUCUCUGGAAAGGACUACACCAAGGUGGACCGCUCAGCAGCCUAUGCUGCCCGCUGGGUGGCUAAGUCCCUGGUGAAAGCUGGGCUCUGCCAGAGAGUGCUUGUGCAGGUGUCCUAUGCCAUUGGUGUGGCAGAGCCACUGUCCAUUUCCAUCUUCACCUAUGGAACCUCAGAGAAGACAGAGCGGGAGCUGCUAGAGGUGGUGAACAAGAACUUUGACCUCCGGCCAGGUGUCAUUGUCAGGGAUUUGGACUUGAAGAGGCCGAUCUACCAGAAGACAGCAUGCUACGGCCAUUUUGGAAGAAAGGAGUUCCCAUGGGAGGUGCCCAAGAAGCUUGUGUUUUAGAGCUGGCAAGAGUGGGCCUAUCUUUGCCCUGCACGCUCUUCUCUAAGAUCCCGGAUGCCCAGAUCUCCCAGACUUUCCUGGCAUCAUGUUGCCCUCCCCCUCCCCCACAGGGCAAAGCCCAGCCCCCUCCUUUUGCCCCACCCCAUUAUCACCACAAAUGUUGGAAGAGGGCAGGUAGCUUCUGGGUGUUGGGGUCAGGAUUCUUGUGAGCAAAGUCGCAAUGCUCCCCUGCCUGGCCUUGGAGCAGGGCAAUGUUGAUUGAGUGGAAGGGUCACCCUCAUCAAGAGAAAAUCCUUUCCCUCACCCCCCCGCCACAGCUCAAACCUGACCAGAUCUCAAAGCUCCUGUGGACCAGGCAUGCCAGGCCUCCCCCUUCUUACAUGUGGCCAGCGCCCUGAUCCAGGGCCUGGGCCAAGUCCUGCCCAGCCUGGGCAUCCAACGUCUCCUGAGCAACUUGUAGUGUGCAAGGGACCAAGCCAAUGAUCAAUCUCAUGCCUUCUUCCUUCCAACAUUAUGAAGUGGUGUCCCUUUUGUUAUCCCCAUUAUCAAUGGUGGAAACCAAGGCACAGAGAAUCUAUGUAGCUUUCGCAGGGUCCCACAGCUACACAUGUCAUGGCUAGAAGUAGGCCUGAGCUAUGGCAAAGCAGAUUGGAACAAGGCUGGGAAUGCUAGCCUAAGGCCUGGGCCUGGGUGUCCUGGAAGUCAGGUUCUUGGCAAGGCCUGGAUGAUGCUCUUUAUGACACUGAAGAGUCAGGAGGGAACCAAGAGAUGGUUUCAUUGUCUCACUUGUCCUGGAAGAGGGUCCAGGGAAGGGUGGGCAGUGUAGCCCAUCAGGCUGGGCUAGAGUUUGGGAUUAGAAUCCCAGCUCACUGACCUCUCAGAGACCUGAGAGCUUGGGGUUUUGGACCUCUGCGGCCUGUGGUCUAAGUCACAUCCAGUGUCUCCAGGGGUCUCCUGGAGCAGGGGUAGUAGCUUGUCCCAGAGCAGUGCAGCCCUUGGGUGAAACCUGGGACCCUGUGACCUUUGAGUCCCUCCCCUUCUCUGGCCUCUUGUGCCCUCUAGAAUAUAAGUGCUAUGGUUAAGUGGGAGCUCCUCUGAUCCCCCUUCCAGAGAGGCCAGUUCUGAGGCCUGGGUGCCUCAUGUUAAUGAUGCCUGAGUGCAGGGCUGCCUCUUGGUGGUGGACAAGGUGCCUGACGAAUGAUGAUUUUCUGCCUUGCCAGCUGCUUUGAGAGGACACAUCUGCCCCCAAAGGGCCUGAGUGGUCCUUACCCCACCAUGGUCUUGGAAACUGUGAGCUCUUCUGCCUUUUCAUCGGUGGCUGGUGCCACUUGCUCCAUUUGUCCUCACCCUGGGCCUUGGACAGCAGAUCUCAGCCCCCUUGCUAGCAGCCAGGGAGACAGGCUCAGAAAGGACCUUCCUUGGCCCCAGAUGAACCCAGGGGACAUGGCUUCUUCUCAGGGUACACAGCACUGGUUUUGUCUGUAAGACUCUGCCUGGCAGCAUCAUGUAGGAGAAAACACUGAUCUGGGGCUUGGCUUGGAGCACAAAGACCUUGGCUUUCCCUUCCACGGGGGCAAAGCAACUCCUUGAGGAAAAGCCAAGCCCCAGCUACCAUCAUACUUUGGAGCUUCCUCGUGACUUAGAAGCUCUGGUGUUUCUCAGGGCCCCUGGCUGUGUAGGGGCCUCAGGGUCCCUGCAACACAGGGAGGAGCAGGCUUACAGGUGUCUGAGUUCCUCCAACUUGGGCUAUUUUUGAAGUGGAAAUUUCCUGCCCCCUAGAGAAGAGAGACCUUUUUGGCCUACACUGUUUAUAUGAUCUAAAGCCUUUAUUAAUACCUUCUAGGAUAGUGAAUAAAAAACCAAUGAGCAAUGACCCUAUUUUAGCUUUUGUUUGCAAAUCCCCAGAGAUGCAAUACCUAACUCCCCGACCCCCAGCAAAAUGGGGUCCUCCCCUCAGGGUUACCCUAAACCAGCCCAUGGGGCGACCCCCUCCCCACAAUGGACUAAGCCUUUCUCAUUUACCAGCUCCUGUGUUAAAUCACUGCAUGGCUGUAUUUGCUCUUCACCAUGUCCCUCUGAGGCGCGGCCUGAGGACCAAGGAUGCUUGGGCAUGUGCAGGGGCACUGGGCUGGUCAGGGGCUCCUUGGUCUCAGAGUGUGCCCUCGAUCACACGCAUGGCUGCCCCACUUCUUGUCUCUGUCCCAUCUUUCUGCCCCUCUGCCUGUUACCUGCAGCAAGGCUGGCACAAGUGGACUCGGGCCAUGUAUGCUCAGUGUUUGGACAAUGACUGAAGGGAAUAAGCAAGUGAAGGGUGUGGCCAGGCCUUUAAGUGGGUGCGCGUUUCCCCUUUGUGCUUUCCCCCAUUUUCAGCUGUGAGGGGAGCAUCCAGGUGAUUCUUCAUUAGCAGCAGGUGUCUACAGGAGCCCUGAGCAUAGCAGGAGCAGGUGGGGAGGUGGGGCCUGUGCAGCUGCCCACAGCGGUGGGAGGAAGGACUCUGGGGCACGUGCCCUGCAGGCUGAGCACAGGUCUGUGUGGCUUCACCCUUCUUUAGAUGAGGAUCUUACCAGAAUGCCGGGAAGGGCAAAGGUGCACCAAAGACCCAGGACCGUGGCCAAGGGGAGGGGAGCGGCUCUAUGCCGAGAAGCCACUCCAUGGGGCAGGCAACGAAAUAUCACACAUCACAGAAUGAGGUGCACAUAUACGGACAGCAAGACCCUCACAAAGCGUAUGGGAGGAGCUGUCUGCAAAAGGGCUUAGUGGGAAGAAAUGGCAAAAUAAUUUCUGAAAGCAAGAAAAGGAAUCAAUUUCUGGGCCAUCCUCAAGUGUCACACUAUCAGGGGAACAUGGGAGCUGUAAAGGAGCUUGGGGGAGCUGCCAAGGGGGGAAGGAGGGGAUCCUGGAGGAUGGGGGUCCUUAGAAGCCAAUUAAAGAUAGCGUUUCUGAGAUCAACUAUGAAAAAUGACAGUAUGAGGAGAUUUGAGGCCUAAGAAUGUCCAGUGAAUUCAGCCACAUAGUGUGUUGGUAAUGUGGGAAACGGCUCACCCCAAUUAGAAUGCUUUAAUGCAUCUAGUCCAUUUUGAGUGUGUCUGUUCAAAGUGUGUUACUACAGGGUCAUCUUCCGCGUGUCUGCCCAUUGCCCACCUCUCUGCCCCCAGUCUGGGCUCAGCUCUGCUCUGCCAUACUCCAUACUCCCUGGCUUCUCCAAACAGGCCGAACUCCCUUCCUGCCACAGGACCUUUGCACAUGUCAUUCUAUCACAGAUGCUCUAUCUUGUUUUGUGAAUUUCAGGUGAGAUUUCUGUGUCUCUAAAAAAUGCCCCUCCUUGACAUCCUCUCUUUUCUACUCUAUUACAUUUUUAGUGUCUUCAUUUCCUCAUUUUAUCCCCUUGGGGGCCACCUCCCUCCCUUGUACCCUUCCUCCACCACCCACCCAUCCACUCUCCCUCCCUACUUUUCUUCACAUGGUCGUUUCUCUGAAUCCUUGCAGCUUCAGCUUACAGGUCACCCUCCAGAAAGAUACUCCCAAAUACCUUCCAUAAAUUAUACUCAACACCAUCUUUGUCCGGUACUGGGAUAUCAAUGAUGAAAAAAUCCUUAAGUAGCUAAAUAUUUUUAUUAAUUAUUAGUAAUGAUGUUAUGGCAACCAUAAUAGCUCACACAUUGAAGAUAAUGUAUCAGCCUCCCUCGAAAAGAAAAUUUUUCUUCUUUUCCAGCUUUAUUCAGGUAUAAUUGACAAACAAAAAUUGUAUAAAUUCAAGGUGGACAAAGGGUGAGGGCUCUUGACCUGGUAGUGACCUGAUGCUCUCCCCUCUGUUCCCUCCUGGCUGUUCAUCAUCUUUGGUUUUCUGCUUGUCUCACCUCAAUUGUACAUUUUUGCCUCUCUUAAAAAAAAAAAA